AUGCCUUUCCGCCGCCUGGGGAAUGUCAAGCUGAUUCUUCUGUUGGCAUGCAGUUUUGGAGUGGUCCAGUCGCAGGUCGCGACCAACCCCACCCACUACGGCAACCCAAGCACUGGCUGCGAGUCGGAUGAGCAGGCAGUGAGAGUGCAGGGACUGCCCGGUGACUUCUGCAGUCCCAAGUGCGACAGCACUGGCAGCUGCCCAAGUGACGUGCCAAAGGGUGACACCGCCACUCCUGAGUGCGCCCUCCGCACCACUACCGGUGACAAGUACUGCGCUCUGAUUUGCCAAUCUGAUUCCGACUGUGGAACCGGAUCUUGCCAUAAGAUCAUGGGUGUUGGCCUUUGCACCUAUGACGCAAGUGAGAAGUUGGCAGUCGAAACGACAAUGACCCAGGUGGCUGUUGCAACCAACCCCACCCACUACGGCAACCCAAGCACUGGCUGCGAGUCGGAUGAGCAGGCAGUGAAAGUGCAGGGACUGUCCGGUGACUUCUGCAGCCCCAAGUGCGACAGCACGGGCAGCUGCCAAGGUGCCGUGCAAAGGGGUGACACCGCCACUCCUGAGUGUGCCCUCCGCACCACUACCGGUGACAAGUACUGCGCUCUGAUUUGCCAAUCUGAUUCCGACUGUGGAACCGGAUCUUGCCAGAAGAUCAUGGGUGUUGGCCUUUGCACCUAUGACGCAAGUGAGAAGUUGGCAGUCGAAACGACCAUGACCCAGGUGGCUGUUGCAACCAACCCCACCCACUACGGCAACCCAAGCACUGGCUGCGAGUCGGAUGAGCAGGCAGUGAGAGUGCAGGGACUGUCCGGUGACUUCUGCAGUCCCAAGUGCGACAGCACUGGCAGCUGCCCAAGUGACGUGCCAAAGGGUGACACCGCCACUCCUGAGUGCGCCCUCCGCACCACUACCGGUGACAAGUACUGCGCUCUGAUUUGCCAAUCUGAUUCCGACUGUGGAACCGGAUCUUGCCAGAAGAUCAUGGGUGUUGGCCUUUGCACCUAUGACGCAAGUGAGAAGUUGGCAGUCGAAACGACCAUGACCCAGGUGGCUGUUGCAACCAACCCCACCCACUACGGCAACCCAAGCACUGGCUGCGAGUCGGAUGAGCAGGCAGUGAAAGUGCAGGGACUGUCCGGUGACUUCUGCAGUCCCAAGUGCGACAGCACUGGCAGCUGCCCAAGUGACGUGCCAAAGGGUGACACCGCCACUCCUGAGUGCGCCCUCCGCACCACUACCGGUGACAAGUACUGCGCUCUUAUUUGCCAAUCUGAUUCCGACUGUGGAACCGGAUCUUGCCAGAAGAUCAUGGGUGUUGGCCUUUGCACCAAUGACGCAAGUGAGAAGUUGGCAGUCGAAACGACCAUGACCCAGGUGGCUGUUGCAACCAACCCCACCCACUACGGCAACCCAAGCACUGGCUGCGAGUCGGAUGAGCAGGCAGUGAAAGUGCAGGGACUGUCCGGUGACUUCUGCAGUCCCAAGUGCGACAGCACUGGCAGCUGCCCAAGUGACGUGCCAAAGGGUGACACCGCCACUCCUGAGUGCGCCCUCCGCACCACUACCGGUGACAAGUACUGCGCUCUGAUUUGCCAAUCUGAUUCCGACUGUGGAACCGGAUCUUGCCAGAAGAUCAUGGGUGUUGGCCUUUGCACCUAUGACGCAAGUGAGAAGUUGGCAGUCGAAACGACCAUGACCCAGGUGGCUGUUGCAACCAACCCCACCCACUACGGCAACCCAAGCACUGGCUGCGAGUCGGAUGAGCAGGCAGUGAAAGUGCAGGGACUGUCCGGUGACUUCUGCAGUCCCAAGUGCGACAGCACUGGCAGCUGCCCAAGUGACGUGCCAAAGGGUGACACCGCCACUCCUGAGUGUGCCCUCCGCACCACUACCGGUGACAAGUACUGCGCUCUGAUUUGCCAAUCUGAUUCCGACUGUGGAACCGGAUCUUGCCAGAAGAUCAUGGGUGUUGGCCUUUGCACCUAUGACGCAAGUGAGAAGUUGGCAGUCGAAACGACCAUGACCCAGGCAGCAUUCAUUCAUUUGACGAAGUUGCAGGUGGCUGUUGCAACCAACCCCACCCACUACGGCAACCCAAGCACUGGCUGCGAGUCGGAUGAGCAGGCAGUGAAAGUGCAGGGCUGUCCGGUGACUUCUGCAGUCCCAAGUGCGACAGCACUGGCAGCUGCCCAAGUGACGUGCCAAAGGGUGACACCGCCACUCCUGAGUGUGCCCUCCGCACCACUACCGGUGACAAGAACCGGAUCUUGCCAGAAGAUCAUGGGUGUUGGCCUUUGCACCUAUGACGCAAGUGAGAAGUUGGCAGUCGAAACGACCAUGACCCAGGCAGCAUUCAUUCAUUUGACGAAGUUGCAGGUGGCUGUUGCAACCAACCCCACCCACUACGGCAACCCAAGCACUGGCUGCGAGUCGGAUGAGCAGGCAGUGAAAGUGCAGGGGCUGUCCGGUGACUUCUGCAGUCCCAAGUGCGACAGCACUGGCAGCUGCCCAAGUGACGUGCCAAAGGGUGACACCGCCACUCCUGAGUGCGCCCUCCGCACCACUACCGGUGACAAGUACUGCGCUCUGAUUUGCCAAUCUGAUUCCGACUGUGGAACCGGAUCUUGCCAGAAGAUCAUGGGUGUUGGCCUUUGCACCUAUGACGCAAGUGAGAAGUUGGCAGUCGAAACGACCAUGACCCAGGUGGCUGUUGCAACCAACCCCACCCACUACGGCAACCCAAGCACUGGCUGCGAGUCGGAUGAGCAGGCAGUGAAAGUGCAGGGACUGUCCGGUGACUUCUGCAGUCCCAAGUGCGACAGCACUGGCAGCUGCCCAAGUGACGUGCCAAAGGGUGACACCGCCACUCCUGAGUGUGCCCUCCGCACCACUACCGGUGACAAGUACUGCGCUCUGAUUUGCCAGUCUGAUUCCGACUGUGGCACCGGAUCUUGCCAGAAGAUCAUGGGUGUUGGCCUUUGCACCUACGACGCCACCGCGACGGAAGCAGUGGAAACAAUGACCACCCAGGUGGCUGUUGCAACCAACCCUACCCACUACGGCAACCCAAGCACUGGCUGCGAGUCGGAUGAGCAGGCAGUGAAAGUGCAGGGACUGUCCGGUGACUUCUGCAGUCCCAAGUGCGACAGCACUGGCAGCUGCCCAAGUGACGUGCCAAAGGGUGACACCGCCACUCCUGAGUGUGCCCUCCGCACCACUACCGGUGACAAGUACUGCGCUCUGAUUUGCCAGUCUGAUUCCGACUGUGGAACCGGAUCUUGCCAGAAGAUCAUGGGUGUUGGCCUUUGCACCUAUGACGCAAGUGAGAAGUUGGCAGUCGAAACGACCAUGACCCAGGUGGCUGUUGCAACCAACCCUACCCACUACGGCAACCCAAGCACUGGCUGCGAGUCGGAUGAGCAGGCAGUGAGAGUGCAGGGACUGUCCGGUGACUUCUGCAGUCCCAAGUGCGACAGCACUGGCAGCUGCCCAAGUGACGUGCCAAAGGGUGACACCGCAGUGAAAGUGCAGGGACUGUCCGGUGACUUCUGCAGUCCCAAGUGCGACAGCACUGGCAGCUGCCCAAGUGACGUGCCAAAGGGUGACACCGCCACUCCUGAGUGCGCCCUCCGCACCACUACCGGUGACAAGUACUGCGCUCUGAUUUGCCAAUCUGAUUCCGACUGUGGAACCGGAUCUUGCCAGAAGAUCAUGGGUGUUGGCCUUUGCACCUAUGACGCAAGUGAGAAGUUGGCAGUCGAAACGACCAUGACCCAGGUGGCUGUUGCAACCAACCCCACCCACUACGGCAACCCAAGCACUGGCUGCGAGUCGGAUGAGCAGGCAGUGAAAGUGCAGGGACUGUCCGGUGACUUCUGCAGUCCCAAGUGCGACAGCACUGGCAGCUGCCCAAGUGACGUGCCAAAGGGUGACACCGCCACUCCUGAGUGUGCCCUCCGCACCACUACCGGUGACAAGUACUGCGCUCUGAUUUGCCAGUCUGAUUCCGACUGUGGCACCGGAUCUUGCCAGAAGAUCAUGGGUGUUGGCCUUUGCACCUACGACGCCACCGCGACGGAAGCAGUGGAAACAAUGACCACCCAGGUGGCUGUUGCAACCAACCCUACCCACUACGGCAACCCAAGCACUGGCUGCGAGUCGGAUGAGCAGGCAGUGAAAGUGCAGGGACUGUCCGGUGACUUCUGCAGUCCCAAGUGCGACAGCACUGGCAGCUGCCCAAGUGACGUGCCAAAGGGUGACACCGCCACUCCUGAGUGUGCCCUCCGCACCACUACCGGUGACAAGUACUGCGCUCUGAUUUGCCAGUCUGAUUCCGACUGUGGCACCGGAUCUUGCCAGAAGAUCAUGGGUGUUGGCCUUUGCACCUACGACGCCACCGCGACGGAAGCAGUGGAAACAAUGACCACCCAGGUGGCUGUUGCAACCAACCCUACCCACUACGGCAACCCAAGCACUGGCUGCGAGUCGGAUGAGCAGGCAGUGAAAGUGCAGGGGUUGUCCGGUGACUUCUGCAGUCCCAAGUGCAAUAGCUCUGGUACCUGCCCAAGUGACGUGCCGAAGGGUGACACCGCCACUCCUGAGUGUGCACUCCGCACCACUACCGGUGACAAGUACUGCGCUCUGAUUUGCCAGUCUGAUUCCGACUGCGGUCCCUAA